AUGGCGGCAGGUCAGACCCUCCAGCCUCAGACCGUCGACGGUCGCCUCCAACUUGACCUGAGUAACCAGGGUCUGACGUCCAUCCCGGAGGAGGUGUUCGAUAUCGCUGACUUGGAGUUUCUAGAUGUGUCCAACAACAAACUAACCAGCAUCCCGGAAGCCAUCGGUCGUCUGCGGAAACUUUACCGUUUGGACGCUAACGGAAACAUGCUUACAAGGUUGCCACAGGCGAUCGGCACCUUGCAGAAAAUGACAUCCAUGCGCAUUUAUUCUAAUCACCUGAUAGAGCUUCCGUCAGAGAUUUGUUCUCUUUCCAACAUUGAGCUGUUACAUGCUGGUUAUAACAAGCUUUCCACCUUACCCCCUGGUGUCGAAAAGUUGCAGAAAUUGACAGACCUUCGCAUUAAUGAUAAUCAGUUAACAGAGGUUCCACCAGGGGUGUGUUCUCUGUACAACCUUGAGGUGUUUCAUGUUGGUAACAACAAACUUUCCACCUUUCCUUCUGUUGAAAGGUUGCAGAAAUUGACAGACCUGCGAUUUUAUGAUAAUCAGCUGACAGAGUUUCCAGCAGGGGUUUGUUCUCUGUACAACCUCGAGGUGUUGCAUGUUGGUAACAACCCAUUUUCCACCUUUCCUCCUGGUGUAGAAAAGUUGCAGAAAUUGAAAGACCUGCGUAUCUUUGCUGCUAGGCUGGCAGAGCUUCCGCCUGGAGUUUGUUCUCUGUACAACCUUGAGGUGUUGCAUGUUGGUAGCAAUCGAUUUUCCACCUUUCCUCCUGGUGUCGAAAAGUUGCAGAAUAUGACAGAUCUGCGCUUUGAUAACAAUCAGCUGACAGAGGUUCCACCAGGGGUUUGUUCUCUUUACAAGCUUCAAGUGUUGCAUGUUGGUAGCAACCGAUUUUCCUCCUUUCCUCCUGGUGUCGAAAAGUUGCAGAACAUGACAGACCUGCGCGUUAAUGAUAACCAGCUGACAGAGGUUCCAAAAGGGGCUUGUUCUCUACCCAACCUUGAGGUUUUAGUUGUUGCCCGAAAUCCCAUCAGAUGUUUCCCCAGUGACGUCACACGGCUCUCCAGGCUGAAGACUCUUGAUGUGGAAGGUUGUGAAUUUGACGAGUUUCCAAAACAGGUGCUGCAGCUGAAGACACUGGAGGAACUGUAUGCUGGACACUGCAAGUUGGGCAUUGUCUCAGAUGAGAUGGGGAACCUACAACACAUGUGGUGCUUGUCACUGCAUGAUAACCUCCUCAGAGAUCUCCCUAGCUCCAUGCGCAACCUGCACAACCUACGGGAGGUCCAACUCUGGAACAACAAGUUCGACACUUUUCCAGAAGUCCUGUGUGAGCUACCUGCACUGGAGAAACUGCACAUGAGGUGGAACAACAUCGCCAGGCUCCCAACCGCCCUUCACCGAGCCGAGAAGCUGAAGGGUUUGGAUGUUUCUGACAACCCCUUGGCAUACCCUCCACAUGAUGUGUGUAGACAAGGGACCGGUGCUAUCAUGGCCUUCCUGAAAAUGGAAGCUGAGAAAGGUAUUGAUGAAAAGGUCCGUCAGGCCUUCAACCGUCUGUCCGUGAAGGUGAAACAAGCCCAGUGGAGACCUCUCGCCAGGAGCUUAGGGUUCAACAACACGCAAAUAAACGCCAUCAAGACGAGCACCCCAGACGACGUUUCUGAUCAGGUGUACCAGACCCUGGUACAGUGGAGGGUGAGGGAGGGUGAAGCGGCCACACUGCCCGCCCUGGAGCAGCACCUGAGAGAUCUGGACUUUCAGCAGCUAGCGGAGCAGCUUACGCCGGCACCCGGGACCCCAGAUCGCAGAGAGCACGAACUGGGAGAAAUCGGUGCUGUUGGUGGCCAAGAGGAAGAUGAGCCGCAGAACAGAUAUCCCAGCGUGACGGUUGACCGCAGGUUCCCUAUCAUCAGUUAUGAACGACUGGAGAAACAGUCCAUUCUUGGCCGCGGGGGGUUCGCCGACGUGAUGAAAGCCCGACAUCCCGACUGGAGACAGGAGGUGGCCGUCAAAUGUCUGCAGGCAGGCAAAAUAGAAGAUGGAAGAGAGCAGGAAGUGCUGUAUUCUGAAGCAAGAAAACUGAAGCUGGCUAGCAAGUCAGACCACGUCAUCACUCUGCUGGGGGUCUGUCUGGAGCCGCUCUUCGCCAUCGUGAUGCCCUACAUGGAGAACGGCUCUCUGGCCCGGCUGCUGCGGGAUGUGGACGUGCCCUGGGCACUGAGGUGGAGAAUGGCGCACGAGAUCUCCCUGGGGAUGACUUUCCUGCACUGCCAGGACCCGCAGAUUCUCCACUGUGAUCUGAAGGCAGAGAACGUGCUACUCGAUGGGGACUUCCACGUAAAGAUUUCAGACUUCGGCUUAUCCAAGUGGAAGGCGGGAUCCCGUGUUCUCACGAAGACCAGUCCAGAGGGUUGUACAGUCACGCAUGUGCCACCGGAGUACUUCGACAUCGACCUCGAGCUCGUCCCAAAUGAGAAGUUUGAUGUCUACAGUUUUGGAGUGCUGUUGUGGGAGAUAGCAACAAGAACAGAGCCGUAUAAGAAUGUCGUGAAUACGGCGCUCAUCAGGCUUGCCGUGACGACAGGACAGCGACCUAACAUGGCCUUGGUCCCUACAGACUUGCCUGAAGUAGACACAGUCAGUCAGUUAAUGCAGAGGUGCUGGAGUCAGGACCCGGAGGACAGGCCUUCAUUCCAAGAGUGUGAAGACGAUCUGCGUGCCGUGAACAACAAAACCAGCAAGCAGGCAAUUCUACAUGCUAUCAUCGACGUGCAGGAGAAGAUGAAGGCUCACGAAAAGUUGAGUUGACUCAUUAUCAGCUUCGAUACAAGGUUAUUAUCAGCAUCAGUUUUGUCUUCAUAUCUUGUGCGUAAUGUGUUUUAAAAAGGAUAUUAUGUGGACAUCUUCCGUUUCACUUCAACACCUUUGGCUUUUUAUUUGACUGUUCAUAUUUUUUAAAAUCAUCCAGCUUUAUUCAGUGUGCAGAAAUCAUACAACACAAAAUAGAUACAUAAUAAACAAAAUAACAAAAGUAAGGAAUGUAAAGUUAUCAUUUGUCUUUCGUUUAAACAGUUGUUGAUGUAAUCAUUUAUAUAACAAGAAAGAAGGUUUCAUAUUUCACAAAAAUACACAUAAUAGACAAAAUAAACAAAAGUAAGGGAAUGUAAAGUAACAUUAUUUGUAUGUCGUUUAAACAGUAAGGCAAUCAUUUUUAUAACCAAGAAGAAGGUAUGUAUAUGUAUAACAAAUCAUAUCAUAAUUGUGUAAUUUAACAGAUUACUGGGGGAAUAUUCGUCAUUGUCAGGUGUCGUCGUUUUAGUUUGCAUUGGGAAUAUUAUAUAUCUGGCUUCAUAUUUUGUAUGAAGCAAGUGUAUGUAACAUAUUUGGCGACGAGGAUACGUUCUAGCAGGUUGUGUGGUGUUUCUGGUUUCUGUAUGGUGUUUCUGGUAUGCCAUAUAUUAUCAGUUUUUCACUUAGGGUCAGUUCAUGUUGUGUUUUGCUUCUCCACCAUAUGGUGAAUUGUUUCCAGAACUAUGUAAAAUAAUGACAGUGUAUCAAUUGGUGUUAGAUUGUGUGCUUUUCAUUACAAUUAUUAUGCUUUUCAUUACUAUUCGACUGUUCAUAUGGGGCAAGGGACUGUCAGAGAAGUCCGGUC